UAAAAAUCAACUUUUGUAUUGGGUUCCUUCGGAGAAAAUGAGGAACACAUAUCAUGAAGGGAAGCUCUUGGCAAUGGUGGCUUUCGCCAUUGCUGCUGCCAUUCUCCAAUCUCAUGCCGCCAUUCUCCAAUCUCAUGCCGCCAUUCCAGACAUCAAUAAUUCUCAACAAUUAUCUGCGCAGAUUCACAACAAAUUAAAGCUUCUCAAUAAGCCUGCCCUCCACACCAUCUACACUAAAGAUGGAGAUAUCAUCGAUUGUGUUGACAUUUACAAGCAGCCUGCUUUUGACCAUCCCGCUCUAAAGAACCACACCAUUCUGAUGGAACCCGAUUGGGGCGUCGAUUGGAGGAUGUCGACCGAGCAUAACGAGGCCUUUCAGGUAUGGCAAAGAAGUGGGAGUUGUCCCAAUGGAACCAUUCCAAUUCGCAGAGUUCGUGAACAAGACUUAUUAAGAGCCAAUUCUCUUGAUAGCUUUGGAAAGAAAUUUCCUUAUGAAAGCUCCAAACUCGGGAAAGAAGUCAAUCGUUCGACGGCGAUCCUGUAUACGGCCGGCUUCAAUUACAUUGGCGCUUCAGGACAGCUUAAUGUUUGGAACCCUAAAGUUGAUUUGCCGAGUGAUUUCACAGCUUCAAGAAUUUGGUUGAAAAAUGGGCCUUCGGAAAGAUUUGAAAGCGUAGAAGCCGGCUGGAUGGUUAAUCCAAGGUUGUAUGGAGAUACGAAAACUCGUCUUAGUGUACAUUGGACAGUGGACUCCUACCAAUCGAAAGGGUGCUUUGACUUGACUUGCAGUGGGUUUGUCCAAACGUGGUUAGGUGGACUCCUACCAAUCGAAAGGGUGCUUUGA